GGAUCGCCGCACGCCCGUCCUCCUCUCCCAUAGCUCCCUUGGGCGUCGCAGGCUGUAUCACGUAAGGGCCUCAGCCAAUGAGGAGGCGGAAGUGACGGUCGUUUGGCAGCCACUAGCAGCUGUUGCGAGGCUGAACCAGGAGUGGACUGUUCUCUUGGAGCUACUGAUCCAUCACUUCUCAGGUAUCAUCGAGAGCUCAGCGAGGCUGAGCUGUACCAUUUAGAAGGAUGGAAGCUAAUGCAUCUGUUGACAUGUUUUCAAAAGUCUUGGAGAAUCAGUUGCUGCAAACGACCAAGCUAGUGGAAGAACAGCUGGAUUCUGAAAUUCAGAAACUGGAUCAGAUGGACGAGGAUGAACUGGAACGUCUCAAAGAAAAGAGACUCGAGGCGCUACGGAAAGCUCAGCAGCAGAAACAAGAAUGGCUUUCGAAAGGACAUGGGGAAUACAGAGAAAUCCCUAGUGAGAGGGACUUUUUUCAAGAAGUCAAGGAAAGUAAAAAAGUGGUGUGCCAUUUCUACAAAGACUCCACAUUCAGUCAGAAAUUCAAAAGGAUAAAUGCUUUUCAAAUUUGCUUUAUUUUUAGUGGAAAUUUAAUGGAGCCGCCAUUUCAGAGCCAAAAGAAAUUUGGAACGAACUUCACAAAGCUGGAAAAGAAAACUAUCCGAGGCAAGAAAUAUGAUUCGGACUCUGAUGAUGAUUAGAGAUGUGAUAUAAUUGUUUGUAAAUUGUCUUUUUAUUUCUGCUCACUUUAGAAUUAGAUGUGUUUUCUAAAUUCUAUUGAUUUCAAUACAUUGGUCUUCUAAUGGUCCUACUCUAGAGUUUUAUACACUUGCAUCCAUUGAAAGACAUUUUAAUAUUUUCUGUGUGGCGCUCAUAUUUAAGUUGAGGAAAACUUCUGGGUUCUUAAAUUAUUGGAAAAGGGUCUGGAUUCUAUUUUUGUGAUUGAUUUUAUCACAAUAUGAUUUUUACAUCUUUAUACCAUUCACAAUUGUGUUUUUAAUCUACUGGAUUGAUUGAACAUAGAAAUUCAGCAAACUAUUCCAGGACUAAUUCUCACACAUUACUUAAUUUAUACAACAGGUCAGAUGACAUUUAUUGGUGUAACAGACUGCACUUGUAAAUGAAUUAUAAACAACACUCUUCACUUUGGAAUAUACUAUUUACAUAACUAUUAAAGAACUGCUUAUUCUGUAUGCUGCAUGUUGAUGUUAAAUCAACUGAUGGCAGAAAAAAGCUU